UCAGAUACAUAUAAUUUUUGACAAAUAAACAAACCCAAUUUACGGUUGUUUUCCACCUGUCAUAAAUUGUGGGUGUUUUAACAGUUUUUCGUAUGUUAUGUAGACAACAAAUAAAUCUCUAUGGCACCCCCAGUUGUUAAUGGAAUUUCUCCAAAUGAGGGAUUUCCGGGUACACGAGUAGUAAUCAGAGGCGAAAACUUCGGGAAGAAGUCAACAGACCUAGUAGGACUUACAAUUUGCGGUGUUAAUUGUCUUUUAUCAGCAGAAUGGGUAUCCGAAAACAAAAUAAUCACUUUAUCCGGCCCAAUUGUUGGAAAAGGGGAUGUUAUUGUCACCACAAGAAUGGGCGGUGUUGGAACAUCUGAUGUCCAAUUUAAUGGACUACAAUUGACGACAGUUGGGCCCAUGAAAGAGGUGUCUGUGUGGGUUGAAGAAACUCCCAUUUACACCUGGGAGAGGCCAAACAGCUGUGGCACUCAAGAUCCUCUCGGUUUGUUAGUUGAAGAAAGUGAACCAACGAUAUCCAAGAAAGAUUUCGAAUUACACUUCCCAGGAAAGUGUGGAGACUUUACGAGCAAGGACUUCUCCCCAGCAUGGUUUUUACUUGAAAAUUAUCAACUUACAUCUUUUGAAGACUUAAAGGCCGGAUUACAAUUUUUACAAAGAAGGGUGAAAGAUCAAAAGAAUGAGAGAUUGUCCUUUUUAAAAAAUAAUGUGUCACCUAUUGUAAAUCAAAUUGAUACCUUGAUACAACUCAAACAGGCUUAUGAAAGUGACAAAUUUACUGACCCAACUGUUAAAUUAAAAAAGGCAAUUCAGGACUCUGAAACUAAAACCAAAGAUUUAUUUAAAAAUGUAUUGGAUGGGUGGAGUAAGGCUGAAGAAAGCAGAAAUGCCCUCAACAUUCUUUCCAGAUUUAAGUUUUUAUUUUAUCUACCAGCUGCAAUUGAGAAAAAUAUGAAAAAGGGACAUUAUGAAAUUAUUAUCAAUGACUAUAUUAGAGUGAAGAACCUGUUUGGGAAAACACAAAUUCCAAUUUUUAAAUCAGCCCUAAAGGAAAUUGAAAGCUGCAUUGAGAAGUUGCAAAAUAAACUAUAUUUAGAUCUUCAAAAUUAUCCAAUUAAUCUUGCUAAGCAGAAACAAAUCAUAAGAUAUUUAGUACUUUUGGAUUCUCCUCAGGAUGCCGCAUGGAUUGCUAUUAAAAGCAGAUAUGUGUAUAUUAAUAAUGAAAUAACAACUCUCUUUGAUCAAUAUUAUAAUAUAUCAUAUGAAGACAAUAUUGCAACUAUGUCAUUUGUUGGAGAUGUUUGUGGGCACAUUUUGGACACUUUCGCAGACUUAUGGAAUAUGGGCCAAUCAUAUUUUUCUGGAGAACUGAAUGUGAAACAUAAAGAGGAACAAGUUGGUGAAUUUAAGCAGAUGGUUAAGGGAAUAAUUGAAAAUUUUUGUAAGUCUGUUGAGAAAAUAUUACUGAAUCAAGAGAAUGGCAUAUCAAAUAUUAAAACUCCAGAGGGAAACAUUGUCACUUAUGUUCCAGAAAUCCUCCAAAAUAUAAGAUCAGUAUAUUUAUUAUUUGUUCGAUUAAGUUUACCACAAGAAUGUUUGGAUUUACUUUUAAAUUUGUUGACGAAUCUAAAAAUCCAUUGUAUCAGAGUGCUGUUUAAGUUUAGUAUUGAGAAAAUAAUGGAUAUUAAUGAAGAUUGGUCAAUAAAAUUCAGUGAAACCUAUUAUGGAAUAACAAAUUUUCCUUUGCAAUUCUGCAAAGUGGUGCAAGAGAUCAGUGAAACAAUAAGAAUGUCUAUAUUCAGUGAUCAAAGUGAGAAUUCAGUUUUACAAAAUCAAACUGCAAUCAAUUCAUUUAAUGAAGAGUUUGAAACAAUGCUAAGAACUUCAGAAACUGUUCUAACUGGCUUUCUAGAAGAUAAUGAGGAUACAAAUGAUGUUUCUGUAAAUUUGCCACCACUAGAAAAAAGAUGCUUACUUACUUUAUCUAAUUGUUUAUACCUAAAGAAUAUUGUAUUAAAUACUUUACAAAAUGAUGUGAAUUAUGGAUUCCCAACACCUACAGAGGCCAUAAGUAAUGCAAAAUAUGGCUUAUUAGAACUGGAGCAACUAAUCCUCAAUAAAUAUUUAGAGUUGAAAAGUGUCCCAAUUAUAAACAUAAUUCAGGAAUCCUUAUAUUUUGAAACAUUAAACUGGGAUACAACUAUGAAAGUCACAGAUAUUAGGCCGUACAUAGUGAACUGUAUAAAUAGCUUCAUUCAAAUUCACGCAGAAGUCACCACCAUUUCUAACGACCUCCUACAAACCGUUUUACCCCAAGUAGCUGAAUUUGUGUCCAGGGAGCUGUGUAAAAUAAUCGCCAGUAUUGAGAAGUUCAACAAUUUUGGAGCUUUACAAACAUAUACAGAUAUAUGUUUACUGAGGAAGUUUUUAAGUGGUUUUCCCGCAUCUAAAGCAGAGUUUUACCUUGAAGAAGCUCUGGAUAAUAUUAUAUCUCAUUUAAAUGAGCCAAUCACCAUUGAUAUCGAAAAUAUAUUGAAGAGAUGUCAAGGGAGGAUGAGGUUGCAGUUUAGCUGCAUCUCUUGUAAUAUUUCACAACAAAAAGAUGUGUAUUCAUAAUUUAUAGAAAUAUAUAUAUAUAUUUACAUAAACAUAAUUAUAAUAGUUUUGUUUAAUAUAGUCAUUUAAAUAUC